CGCUCAGCCGGCGCGAUGCUCUUCUCGCUCCGGGAGCUGGUGCAGUGGCUGGGCUUCGCCACCUUCGAGAUCUUCGUGCACCUGCUGGCCCUGCUGGUGUUCUCCGUGCUGCUGGCGCUGCGUGUGGACGGCCUGGCUCCCGGCCUCUCCUGGUGGAACGUGUUUGUGCCCUUCUUCGCCGCCGAUGGGCUCAGCACCUACUUCACCACCAUCGUGUCGGUGCGCCUCUUCCAGGACGGAGAGAAGCGGUUGGCCGUGCUCCGCCUCUUCUGGGUCCUCACGGUUCUUAGCCUCAAGUUUGUCUUCGAGAUGUUACUGUGCCAGAAGCUGGUGGAACAGACUCGGGAGCUCUGGUUCGGCUUGAUCACGUCUCCAGUCUUCAUUCUCCUGCAGCUGCUCAUGAUCCGCGCCUGUAGGGUCAACUAGCCCCGCAGAAAGGCCGGAGAGGGGACCCUGCAUACGUAGGAUGCUGGACCCCAGGCUGAGUCCUACCUCCCUCGCACCAAAGGAGAAGUCUGGGUCUGAAAGCAAAGCCAGCUCCCGUCCUGGCCAGUGCCCAGUGUUCUCUGUACCAACCAUGUCUUAUACGGCCCCCUCAGCGGGGCUGGAAAGAGCAGCCUUGGCUCUUAAAACGUGUUUCUCGCUAUUUCAUGCUUUGAACAGCGAAUCUUUGAAUUGAGAUGCCGAGAAGGACCCCGGCCAGAGAGUGCAGAAUUCCUCUGACAGUUGGAAACUGCAUAUAUGUAAGAUGUCCUGAUGGGCUCUGAGUAUUUUCAUGGAUCUUGGGAAAGGACUCCCUGUGCAAAGGCUGCAAAGCCUGACUCAGGGUCUCCUCUGCCCCGCAGCGCUCCCCUAAGAGCUCGCUGCCCUGUCCAUCCGACAAGACUUACUUAGAUGCUUGAGCUCUGAAAAGCGUAAAUGAGCUUGCAUCCCCUUCCCUGAGCUACUGGGGGAGGAUGGCCCUGUCUUUAUUCCAGGCAGACAGAAGUACGUUGAGUAAGCAUGAUUGGGACCCUGUACUUGGAGAUCUGUCGCCUGAGAGAACUUUGCUUAUAAAGCACCGCUUGGCUUCCUGUCCCAGCUGAUCGCAACUUUUCUACCACCUUGUGGCCAGCACUGUUAGCACACCUGGGACAGAUUUAGGCCUUCCUAAGGGACGGAGGAGAGUAGCAUCUUUAACGCUCAUAGGCAUUGAGACCUGGAAAUGGUCUUGGCUCACAUUUGUUGGCCUGGGGUCUUUAAUGCCAGUCAGGUGCCAAAUGCGAAUGUUUGCUGAGAUAAAAAUAAAAUAAGAAUGUUUUGCUGA